AUGUGUUCUGAAGCGACCGACACCGAUGCAAAAAGUGUCUCCGUCACCCUAGCAGAUGAUACUUCAUCCCUAGAAGCACAAUCACACGUCGAGCAAGUCCUCUCCUUGUACCGCAGCCUUUGCAAGCAACCGGAUUUACGACCGUGUACUUCUAUCAAUGCAAUAUUCAACGAGCUCGUGGGGUUAUGUACCCAAACUAUGAGCAAGAAUGUUACCGAAGCGGCAAAAAAGGCGAAGAUAAAAGAGAUACUCCCGGGUUUGAGGGCUCUCUGCGCAGAAGCGGAAUGCUACCUCGAGUUUCAGUGGGCGGAUAUCAUCUCCAAAGGCGCCAACACGCAGGAAGCCCAUAAGCUUCUUGCUACUUUCCCCUACUACUCCAACUACAUCGAUCUUACACGCCUGGAACUAGCGGCUCUCCAAACAGUAGAUCCGACCCCACCGCGACAGAUUGCCUUCGUUGGGAGCGGUCCCUUGCCAUUGACUUCGCUAUGUCUCCUAUCGUCACUCAACGAAAAUUCCCCUAAGACCUUGAUCCAAUCAUUGCUUUCUUACCUUCCGUCUUGGCUGAAUCCCACGGCGCCAGAACGACCCGAAGUGUCAAUUCUCAAUAUCGACAACAACGCGUCUGCGCUGAGACAAUCUGAGUGGUUGUGUAUGAAGCUUGGAAAAAUGGUCGUCUACCUAGCGGCUCUCGUCGGGGCCUCACAACCCGAAAAAGAAACCCUCGUGCAAAAGGUCGUUGGGCAGAUGAAGGAAGGCGCCCUGCUCGUUAUCAGGACAAGUUGGGGGCUGAGGAGCUUGCUGUAUCCGGACUUCGACUGCACGACCGAGGGCAUCCUCUCCGUGCUGGAUAUUUGUGUCGUGGUGCACCCGUAUGGGCAUGUUGUUAAUUCGGUUAUUGUUGGAAGGGUGAAGGCCAGAACCAGGGCCAUGACUUUGGCAGAAUCUGCAAUUUCCGUGUAG